AUGAUUCGGUUAUCGGUUUCACUCGUUAGUCGUUAUUCAUUUUUCAUUUUCCUUCCCAUAUCCCCAUUAAAUAGUCUGCCGUAGAAUUCGUCCAAUUCGUCCAAUUCGUUAAAUUCGUUAAAUUCGUGCAAGCAGUGGCAACUGGUGGCAACUGGCAACCAGUGCAAGUACACACCAAAUAUACCAAGUUGCAUCAAGUACUUUUCAUUGCUAAUAAAUAUUUUUUUAUUUAUCGCGGCAAACUGUUAUUAUUAAAUAAUAAUAUAUUUUAUAAAUUAUAAAUUUAUCAAAUUACUAUAAAUAUAGCUUGUUGUUUUAUAUAUUUACAUAUACAUAUCUAUUGAUAUAUUUAUAUUUAUAUAGUUUAAUAUAUAAAUAAAUAAUAUUUAUAAAUAGAUAUAUUUAUAAAUAUAUUAAUCGUAAAAUGGCAGCAGUAGGCGAAGUAAAAUCUACGAAAAUAAUUCAGUCUUACGUGUCAUCAAAUAGUUAUUACGGUUACGUACCACCGAUAAAUCAAACGACAAUAAAACAAAAUAAUUAUCAACAAAUUGAUAAUCAGUAUUCAUAUGAUACUCAAAGUCAAGUUUAUUUAAAUAAAAGUGAUAAAUCAGCGCAUCUUAAUCAGCAACAACACCAACACCAACAACAACAAAACAAUGGCAAUGAUACUACUUUAGCCAUGGAAACAGAUGAUGUUGAUAAUUUAAAUGGAGAUAAUUUACACUGCCAGAAUAACCAUUACGUUAUUCCAGAGAUGGUCAAGAGUCUCCACGGUCUUGACAACAACUUGAUCAACACCAGAAGUUACUGCAGUAGAGAUCCAGGUAGCCGCGGGGAGGGAGAUAGCGUUGGUCUUAUCUACCGGGUGACCCACAGCGACGCCGACGCUGAGACCGUUCAUAAUAAUAAUAACAACAACAACAACAACAAUUAUUAUUAUUAUUAUAAUAAUAAUAAUAGUAAUGGUAAUGAUUGUUAUUAUAAUAAUAAUCGUAAUACGGUGACCAGAUCAACGGACAUUCAACGGAGGAACCGCAAACGCAAUAAUUAUGAGCAUGAUGGAGCUGAAGCUGAUGGAUUUCAAAAUCAUGGAAAGAAGAAAUUUCGUCCAGACGGUGGUAACAAACGCGUUUGCCGUGAAACAAGGAUUUGUACCAGAGAUAGUGGACCAUCCGCGAUGCACAAUGAGCCGGCAACAUGUUUAGUUUCCAGCAGCGUUCGUUGUUUCCCGAUACAGUCCCAGGUCAGCCAAGUUAAUCAGGUUAACCACCACUGCAAUGACAGUUAUAAUCCCAGUUGGGUACAACCACCAUGUAAUUCCAGUGAGCCUUAUCCCAUACAAUGUGAGACACGUGUUACACGUGAUAGCACACAAGUUAACAAAGAAAACUUGGUUACAAGAGUUGAUAAUCUAGUUGAUUAUGAGAUGAUGUUGAUGGAGACGCAUGGCUGCUCGGCUUAUCAUCUUCAUCGCCAUCAGCUAUUAGAUAUUGAUACUUUUGAUACAGAGUUUUAAUUAUCUCUCAUCUCUUCAUUAUAAAUAUAUAUAAAUCUAUAUUUAUAUAUGACUUAUUUAUAUACUUAAAAAUUAUUAAUUGUUAAGCCCAUUAAGCGAUGGAUUAAAUCUAAAGUUUGUGUGAAAUGUAUACUUUUCUAAUAAAAUAAA